AUGGCGGGACGAUCGGGGGAGGAAGCGGACGCCGCGAUGGCGGGCGUGGCCACCGGCGGCGUGGAGGACGCCUACGGCGAGGACCGCGCCACCGAGGACCAGCCCGUCACGCCGUGGGCCGUCUGCAUCGCCAGUGGCCACUCCCUGCUGAGGGAUCCGCGGCACAACAAGGGGCUGUCCUUCACGGAGAAGGAGCGGGACGCGCACUACCUGCGCGGCCUGCUGCCUCCGGCCAUCCUGCCCCAGGAGCUCCAGGAGAAGCGGCUGCUGCAGAACGUGCGGCAGCUCGAGGUCCCGCUGCAGCGCUAUAUGUUCCUCAUGGACCUUCAGGAGAGAAAUGAGAGGCUCUUCUACAAGCUCAUGAUCGACAACGUCGAGGAGCUGCUCCCCGUCGUCUACACGCCCACCGUCGGCGAGGCCUGCCAGAAGUACGGCUCCAUCUUCAGGCGCUCGCAAGGUCUCUACAUCAGUCUCAAAGACAAGGGGAGAGUACUGGAGGUGCUGAGGAACUGGCCGGAGAAGAGUAUUCAGGUCAUCGUUGUCACCGACGGCGAGCGCAUCUUAGGCCUCGGAGAUCUUGGCUGUCAGGGCAUGGGAAUUCCCGUGGGGAAGCUUGCGCUGUACACGGCCCUUGGUGGCGUCAGGCCAUCUGCUUGUUUACCCAUCACCAUUGAUGUGGGGACGAACAACGAAGAGCUACUGAACGAUGAGUUCUACAUUGGAUUACGGCAAAGAAGAGCCACCGGCCAGGAAUACACUGAGCUUCUGGAUGAGUUCAUGGUUGCCGUGAAGCAGAACUAUGGGCAGAAGGUUCUUGUCCAGUUUGAAGACUUUGCAAACCACAAUGCGUUUGCCCUUCUCGACAAGUACAAGGCGACCCAUCUUGUCUUCAAUGAUGAUAUUCAGGGAACGGCUGCGGUGGUACUUGCCGGCCUUAUGGCUGGUCUGAAGUUUGCUGGUGGAACUUUAGCUGAUCACACAUUCUUAUUCUUCGGUGCCGGAGAGGCUGGUACAGGCAUUGCUGAACUAGUUGCUCUGGAGAUAUCCAUGCAGUCCAAGACUUCACAGGAAGAGGCUCACAAAAACAUCUGGCUUGUUGAUUCAAAGGGAUUGAUCGUGAGUUCGCGUAAAGAUUCUAUACAGCCCUUCAAGAAGCUAUAUGCACAUGAGCAUGAACCAGUCAAAGACCUUUUAAGUGCCAUCAAGGAUAUCAAACCGACCGCACUAAUAGGAUCAGCCGGUGUGGGUCAAAGUUUCACAAAAGAGGUGAUCGAGGCUAUGUCUUCGAUUAACAAGAGACCAAUCAUCCUUGCGCUAUCCAACCCAACAUCGAAAUCUGAAUGUACAGCUGAGCAGGCAUAUUCAUGGAGUCAGGUGGGCCGUGCAAUAUUCGGGAGUGGAAGCCCAUUUGAUCCGGUGAAAUAUAAUGAGAAGCUUUUCAUACCCGCACAGGCGAACAAUGCAUACAUCUUCCCAGGAUUUGGUUUAGGUGUAGUGAUCUCCGGGGCGAUAAGGGUGAAAGACGAUAUGGUCCUUGCUGCUGCUGAGGCCUUAGCUGAACAGGUCACGGCGGAGCAUUUCGACAAAGGCCUGAUCUAUCCACCCUUCUCCAGCAUCAGGAAGAUAUCAACUAACAUCGCGGCUCGAGUCGCUGCAAAAGCCUACGACCUCGUACCAUUUUAUGGGGAACUAUCUGUUGAUCAUAAAGGUGUCUUGUGCAAGCUUUUUACGUUGGGCUCAAAAGGAGGAAGACAACUACACCAACGUAAAGCCACAUCCAGCGUGGUCUCAAACGAGCAGACAUUGAUAUUGCACAAGGGACCCUUUGUUGCGCAGUUCCGGGAAGGCGAAGAUAGGUUACUGGGUCUGCUGAAAUAUGAGGAUAAUCGCGCUGACCACAGCCUUACACGGGCGAAGAUAGGUUACUGGGUCAGCUGA